GCCAGAACUCGUGCUCGCCGCCGAGCCUCGGGGCUCGCGCUUGCACCUCCUCUUCCCCUCCUCCCCCUCCCUCUCGCCCAGAAAGGAGGACGGACCUAGUUCCAGGCUGCGGGCUGGUUUAUUCUGCGGCCGAGGGUUAUACUGAUAGCCGAACCGUCUCGCUCGCGCCAGAUUUUCCACUUAGGCACGGGCGUAGGAGGGGCUGCUUUCCACAGUGGCCUGUUUAAUUGCACCUGCCUUUCAGGUUACCUCUGGGAAUCUGUGGCAGGAGCCGAGAGGGUGGAAAAUGUUGCUUCGCUUUGCAAAAGGAGGAAAACUUUGUCACCCCGCGGGAGACCUCUGCCACGCGUAGCCCGGCGAGAGACCAGACCCAGGACAGCCUUUGGCUUUGAGUUCGCAUCCGAAGAGCCCGUAGGAGGAAGCGGACACGUGAACUCGGCGCUCCCACCGGCCGCCACCCCUGCUCCACCUUCCCUCCCCGCGGAAGUCCCCACGCGGUGGCUUCAGGGUGGAAGGACAGUCGACAGAGCGCGCGGCUCGCGGCCGACGGCAGGGGCCGGGCUGGGAAGGAGAGGACCGAAUUCCAGGAACGAGUCACCCGGAAUUAACUUCUGGUUAAAGUUAUGGGAAGCGCGGCCAUGGACACCAAGAAGAAGAAAGAUGUUUCCAGCCCCGGCGGGAGCAGCGGCAAGAAAAACAGCAGCCAGAAGCGGCGAUCGCUGCGAGUGCAGAUCCCGGACCUGAGUUCCUUUGCCAUGCCACUCCUGGAUGGAGACCUGGAGAGUUCAGAAAAGCAUCCUUCUCGUAAGGUGGACAGCCCCUUCAGCGCGGGCAGCCCCUCCAAAGGCUUCUUCUCCAGAGGUCCCCAGCACCGCCCCUCCAGCCCCGUGUCCGCGCCUGUGAGGCCCAAGACCAGCCCCAGCUCCCCCAAAACCGUGUUCCCGUUCUCCUACCAGGAGUCCCCGCCGCGCUCCCCCCGCCGCAUGAGCUUCAGUGGGAUCUUCCGCUCCUCCUCCAAAGACUCUUCCCCCAACUCCAACCCGUCCACCUCGCCCGGGGGCAUCCGGUUCUUCUCCCGCUCCAGAAAAAGCCUCUCUUCCUCUCCGUCGACCCCCACCCAAGUGGCCAAGCAACACACGUUUCCUCUCGAAUCCUAUAAGCAUGAACCUGAGAGACUGGAAAAUCGCAUCUAUGCCUCGUCUUCCCCUUCGGACACAGGCCAGAGGUUCUGCCCGUCCUCCUUCCAGAGUUCAGCCAGGCCUCCGUCAGCAUCUCCGACACACCAGUCUCCCUCAAGAUCUGCGGCGCUGGCGGCGGCCCCGGGACCCGCGGAAGCCGGCAUGCUGGAGAAAUUCGAGGUGGAAGACGACGCAGAAGACUCAGAAAGUGGCGUUUACAUGCGAUUCAUGAGGUCACACAAGUGUUACGACAUCGUCCCAACCAGCUCCAAGCUUGUCGUCUUUGAUACCACAUUACAAGUUAAAAAGGCCUUCUUUGCCUUAGUAGCCAAUGGUGUUCGAGCAGCGCCUCUGUGGGAGAGUAAAAAACAAAGUUUUGUAGGAAUGCUAACAAUUACAGAUUUCAUUAAUAUACUACAUAGAUACUAUAAAUCACCCAUGGUACAGAUUUAUGAAUUAGAAGAACAUAAGAUUGAAACAUGGAGGGAGCUUUAUUUACAAGAAACAUUUAAGCCUUUAGUGAAUAUAUCUCCAGAUGCAAGCCUCUUCGAUGCUGUACACUCGUUGAUCAAAAAUAAAAUCCACAGACUGCCAGUUAUUGACCCUAUCAGUGGGAAUGCACUUUAUAUCCUUACCCACAAAAGAAUCCUCAAGUUCCUCCAGCUUUUUAUGUCUGAUAUGCCAAAGCCUGCCUUCAUGAAGCAGAACCUGGAUGCGCUUGGAAUCGGGACCUAUCACAACAUCGCCUUCAUACACCCAGACACCCCCAUCAUUAAGGCCUUGAACGUCUUUGUGGAAAGACGAGUGUCAGCCUUGCCUGUCGUGGACGAGUCAGGAAAAGUUGUAGAUAUUUAUUCCAAAUUUGAUGUAAUUAAUCUUGCUGCUGAAAAAACAUACAACAACCUAGACAUCACAGUGACCCAGGCCCUGCAGCACCGGUCACAGUAUUUCGAAGGUGUAGUAAAGUGCAGUAAGCUGGAGAUACUGGAGACCAUCGUGGACAGAAUAGUGCGAGCUGAGGUCCAUCGGCUAGUGGUGGUAAAUGAAGCAGAUAGCAUCGUGGGUAUUAUUUCCCUGUCAGACAUUCUGCAAGCCCUGAUACUCACCCCCGCAGUUUUACUGUGCUACCUGAGUGAGAGAGAAAAGUUUAUAGAAAGUAUUCCAAGUAAAGAGCAUCCUGUCAAGGCCCAGAAAUGCGGAACCCGGGAUACGGAGGGGAAUCGUGGAUACAGAGGACAAGUUGCGUGCAGCACCCCAACCCUGUGUUGUUCAAGGGUCAGCCAUGCAGCUCCUCUGUGCACGUUAGAACAAGGGCUCGUCUCCUGGCAGGCUCACCCCCACAGGUGCCAAACAGAAGGAGACAGAAACCGAAUGACGGCUGUGAGUGAAAGAGCCCUUGCAGGAGAACUUGAACAAAGAUGCUGGGUCACGCUUUGCCUCAUGAACACUGACCGCGAUAGAACAGAGUCAAAUGGCUGAGAAUGUGUAUCAGGGUUUAGUGAUGGGUGUUUUUCCAGUGAUGUUGAAACUAAGCAUAAAAAAGAAAGAUUUUAUGUGUUUGAAGAUUUGAGCUUGCAUUAAAAGACUGUUUUCAGACUGUUGUCUGAAAGAUUUCAAAUGCUGUAUGUCAUUAAAGUGCACUGUGUCCUGAAUUUUUAUUAUUUUUCAUUUUAAAGAAUUCACUGGUAUCUAACAGGUAAUAUGACAUAAGGCGAGUGUGUGGCAUAUUCAGAUCUAGUGCCUUAUGUCAGAACAGCGGUAUGUCAUCCUUACUGCCCAUGGCAGCUGGAGCGCGUCCUUGUGAAGUGACACUGCUGCAGUGUGAAUGUCUUUAAACCUUUACCAAAUCCGUUUGUUUUCAUUAGAUUUGUUGACUAGCUGUAAUUUGAAUAUAAAUAAUUACUUUAUAAAACUUUAAUGAUGGUGUUAUGUUUUAGUGUUCCGUUCUGAACUAUAGUGUAAACAAGGCUGAUUUACAACAGCUUUAUUUAUUUUUACUUUCAGUUUUUUACACAUCUUUUGGUGGGUAUACUUCACACCAUUGGUUGCUAUUUUAAAAGAGCAAAAUUCUCAUUAUUUAAGUUUGGAUCUGGAAAGGAUGUGACUUCUCAAAUAGCCACUGUUAGGUUUUAAAAGCUGAAGUUUCUAACAGCAUGUGUGGGAACCUGCUCUGCGGGGCUGCAAACAAAGUGCCGGGAAGAUGUCUGUUUUUUCUUGUGUUUUGACAUGAAAAUCAUGUUUGUGUGAUUGCUGAUGCGAUUGUUUUGUAAAUUUUACUGUGGCAUAUACAGUAUUGUCAUAUGGUUGAGGAGAAACACAAUGUUUCCUAAUGUAAGUGCUCUGAAAAUGUUGACACUGUAUAUAUAUAUAUAUAUAUAUAUACAUAUAUAUAUGAGUAUAGUUUGGUUUUUUGUUUUGGGGGUUUUUUUUUGCAGAUUGAAAAAUUAAAAUAAAUCUUACUAUCUGC